UACAAAAAAGAACAAACACUCUUGAGCAAAAACGUACUUUGUGUGUGUGUGUUUGUGUGUUCAUCAUGGCUGGUCUUAGGAAUUCCGGUAACAGCGACAAAGCGGAAAACGAAGGAAAAGGUGUACCAUCUGCAUACAGAGGUGUCCGGAAGAGAAAAUGGGGGAAAUGGGUGUCUGAAAUCCGUGAACCGGGGACCAAGAACCGUAUCUGGCUAGGCAGUUUCGAGACUCCUGAAAUGGCUGCAACCGCCUAUGACGUGGCAGCAUUUCAUUUCAGGGGACGUGAGGCUCGUCUCAACUUCCCAGAGCUCGCCAGCAGCCUGCCACGUCCUGUUGACUCUAGCUCCGACAGCAUUCGGAUGGCAGCUCAUGAGGCAACACUCUGCCGCAGAACCGAAGCAUCAGAGUCAGCCAUGCAAGUGGACAGCUCAAGCUCCUCCACGGUAGGACCAACAAUGGUCAGUCUCUCUCCC